AUUUGCUUCCAGAUGGCCAAAAUGCUGUUUUUGCUGACCGUAUUCUUUAUACCGGCUUCAGGCAUGUCUGUAGAUGCCAACCGCAUGUCGGAUCAAGAAGUCGUUAAUUAUCUCAACACAAAUCAACAUUUCUUCAAGGCAGAAGUUCCAACGAUGUCGUACGAAAAGUUCAAGUCAUACCUGAUGGAUCGUAAAUUUUUGAAAAGACCUGAGGGAACUGUAACAGCAAAGGAGAUUGUUAUGAAUGAGAAUCUUCCAGAAAGUUUCGAUGCUCGAGAAAAGUGGCCCCAGUGCGUUUCUAUAAAGACUAUCAGAGAUCAAGCAGAUUGCGGAUCUUGUUGGGCUGUAUCUGCAGCUUCAGCCAUGUCUGAUAGAUUGUGCAUACAAACCAUGGGGCAAGAUCAGAGGAUAAUCUCAGACACAGAUAUUCUUGCAUGUUGUGGUGAAUAUUGUGGUAAUGGAUGUGAUGGAGGGCUACCCAUCAGAGCCUAUGAGUAUGGAAUGAACUAUGGAGUAUGUACUGGUGGUGCAUACAAUGCAAAGAAUUGCUGCAAACCAUACGCCUUCUAUCCAUGUGGUCCACAUGAGGGUCAACCAUAUUAUGGUGAAUGUCAAGAGAGGCAAGCCACACCAGCUUGCCGUGCGCAAUGUCAGCUUGGAUAUAGCAUGGAUUAUAACUACGACAAGAUUUACGCAAAUUCCGCAUAUUCGAUCAUUGCGAACGAAGAUGCGAUUCGAAAGGAAAUCUACACGAAUGGACCCGUUACAGCAGCGUUCAACGUUUACCAGGAUUUCUUCUAUUACAAGACGGGGGUAUACGUACAAACAUGGGGAGAGGAUACGGGUGGAGGUCACGCUGUCAAACUCAUAGGAUGGGGUGUAGAAAAUGGUGUGAAAUACUGGCUCGUUUCGAACUCCUGGAGCACUGACUGGGGAGAUAACGGCCUCUUCAAGAUACGCCGAGGAACCAACGAAUGCGAUAUUGAAUCCAUGAUGGUUGACGCAGCUAUUAUGAAUGCUUAAACUGUCGUUUGAUGGACAAUAAACUUUCAGCUUUUCAAA